AUGCUCAGAUGGUACCAAAUGAAGCUGGCCAAGAGCCCACUCUUGACCCAGAGUAUUACAACAGCAGUGCUGUUCGCAACCGGUGAUACUAUGGCCCAGCAAUUGGUCGAGAAGAAGGGAUUGGCGAACCACGAAUUGGCACGAACAGGCCGCAUGGCAUUAUACGGUGGAGCUAUUUUCGGUCCAGCAGCAACCACAUGGUUCAAAUUCCUCCAAAACAAGAUUGUUCUCAAGAACAAGAACCUCGAAAUCGUCGCGCGAGUCGCCGCAGAUCAGACAAUCUUUGCAAGCACGAAUCUCUUCGUUUUCUUGAGCAGUAUGGCUAUUAUGGAGGGAUCUAGUCCUAAGGAUAAGCUUGAGAGCACAUAUGCCACCGCGUUGCAAAAGAAUUGGAUGGUUUGGCCGUUUGUGCAGGCUAUCAACUUCAAGCUCGUGCCGCUUCACCACCGGGUUUUGGUCGUUAAUGUUAUCUCGUUGGGUUGGAAUUGCUAUCUGAGUUUCUUGAAUAGUCAAGGUGGGAAGAAAGAGGUAGCGGCGUAA